UGCAAACAACGCAUGGCUUUUCUCGACAUACUUCUACAGUCGACCAUCGACGGCGAACCACUGACCAAUGAAGACAUCCGUGAAGAGGUAGACACGUUUAUGUUCGAGGGACACGAUACCACCACUAGCGGCAUAUCCUUUGCCCUAUAUCUUAUUGCUAGGCAUGAGGAUGUACAGGCUCGUUUAUUUGAAGAAAUUACGCAAAUAGCUGGAAAUGAUCCCGAUAAAGCCUUGUCAUAUCGAGACUUACAAGACAUGAAAUACCUAGAGUGUGUAAUCAAGGAAUCGUUGAGAUUAUUUCCCCCCGUACCAGCUGUUGGACGAGAAAUUACAGAGGAUGUGCAACUAGGUAGUGUUCCUCUGAUACACAAUUGCAAUUAGCGCCUGUCUAUUUCACCUUUUUCAGGUGAUGUCGUUUUACCCGCUAAAACAAAUGUGGUUUUGUCGUUUUCUUUGAUUAUGCGUAAUCCGGAUUAUUACCCCCAACCUGAUGUCUUUAAGCCUGAACGCUUCCUAGGGGAUUCUAUUUCGCACAUCAACCCUUUCGUGUACACUCCAUUCUCUGCAGGACCUCGCAAUUGUAUUGGUCAACGUUUUGCUAUGCUGGAAAUGAAAGCGACGAUCUCGAAAAUGCUGCUUCAUUUUGAAUUGCUACCGCUGGGACCUGAGGUGGAACGACUGACAACAAUAGUAUUGCGUUCAAAGACUGGAGCUCAUGUUGGACUUCUCGCCUGUCUUGUGUGUCUCGCGGUGUGGGAUUAUUUAAUAAAACAUCGACGGAAUCAUGUUCUUAGGAUGUCCGGUAUUGCAGGUCCAUGGCCAAUUGUACCCAUUAUUGGAGAUUCGUGGGUAGCAUUAGGAAAUAAUACAUCAAAUGUUUUCAAUCUUUUUGCAUCCUUGGGUAAUAAAUAUGGUAAAGUCUUUCGUGUGUGGCUUUUCAAUGAACUUAUGCUAGUCACUAAAGAUGUGAAAUAUUUUGAAACAGUUUUAAGUAGUCAGGCCUUCAUAUCGAAAGCCUUUAUUUACGACAUGCUUUCGCCCUGGCUAGGUGAUGGCCUGUUGCUUAGUUCAGGCGCAAAAUGGCAUGCUCGAAGAAAAAUGUUGACACCCACCUACCACUUUAAAAUUCUAGAACAAUUCAUUGAGGUAUUCGACCAGCAAAGUCGUGUUUUGGUUAAACGCCUUUAUUCUGUAGCUGAUGGAAAGACGGCACUUGACAUGUUUCCAGUUAUAUGUCUUACUGCUCUCGACAUUAUUACCGAAACGGCUAUGGGUGUUAAGGUCAAUGCUCAGGCUCACCCCGAGUUUCCCUACGCCAAGGCAGUAAAAGAUGCAACAAAUGUGAUUGCCACCAGGGCCAUGAAACCAGUUCAGUAUUUCCAACUUGGAUUUCUAUUGACAGCUUUCCCAUCAUAUCUGAAACUUCGAAAGAGCAUACAAAUCAUGCAUGAAUUCACCGACAAGGUAAUAGCUGAUAGAAAAAGUCAACUGAAAACUGGAUCUAUUCGCAAGGCAGAACCAAUGUCAUCCGCCGAUUUCGUGGAUGAUAUUGGACAAAAAAAACGGAUGACUUUUCUGGAUGUCCUCUUACAAUCUCAUAUCAAUGGGUGUCAUUUGACGCACGAUGAAAUAAGGGAAGAAGUCGAUACAUUUAUGUUUGAGGGUCACGACACAACGACCAGUGGCAUUUCAUACUGCUUAUAUCUGUUAUCGCGUCACCCGCAAAUACAACAGAAAGUCCUACAGGAAAUAUCCGAUGUCGUAGGAGAAGAUGUAGAACGGAGAAUAACAAUGAGAGAACUGCACGAUUUAAAGUAUUUGGAGGCAGUUAUUAAGGAAUCUUUACGGUUAUAUCCAUCAGUGCCAAUUAUUGCACGGUAUACCGACAGGGACGUUCAAGUAGAUGGACAAAUUAUACCAGCCAACAGUACAGUGACAUUAUUGGUAUAUGCUCUAGCGAGAGAUCCAGAUUUAUUUCCAAAUCCCGACGCGUUUAUUCCAGAGCGAUUCUACAGCAAUCUAGCUGAAAAGCACAAUCCAUUUGCUUACACGCCAUUUUCGGCCGGACCUCGUAAUUGUAUUGGUCAAAAGUUUGCUCUUUUAGAAAUGAAGACAACUAUAUCGAUUCUACUACGACACUUUGAGCUCCUGCCACUUGGCCCAGAUGUAGUGCCUCAAAUGAAUAUGAUUUUGCGCUCGGCUACUGGUAUAAAUUUAGGACUAAGAAAACGCAGCAUUUAA